ACAAAAACACAAGAUUCAGGGUAAAAAAUUAUGCAGAUGAAAUUGUUGUUGUGGAUGGUGGUGAUGAUGGUCAUAUUGCCAUCUUCCACCGUUACGGUAAGUUCAAAUAUUUCUUUAGAAAACUGCCCACAAACAUGUGGAAACGUUAGCGUUCCUUUCCCUUUUGGAUUUGGCCGUCCUGAAUGCGCCAAAAACUCAUCCUUCCUGCUUGAAUGCAACCAGAGCAGCAGCCUCUUGUAUGGCAACAUUACAAUUAACAACAUAUCACUGCAAGACGGCACCAUCACCGGACUCAUUAACGCUGUUGCCUACUAUUGCUACAACCAGAGCGGUCGUUAUUUUGGUAACUUCCAGCAGCAUAUCAGACUCGACAGAUGGCCGCUCAUCAUAUCCCCCACCUACAACAAGUUUAUUGGCUUGGGCUGCCAGAUGAUGGCCAAGAUAUCCGGCGGAGAAGGAACGAUCGGAAGUGCGUGCUUGUCCUUGUGCCAUGACCAUACCGAUAUCAGGGACGACGGUUCUUGCUCUGGUUUCGGAUGUUGCCAGACCUCCAUCCCCAAGCACCUCGACCAAGUGAACAUUUCGGUUGGUGGUUCUGGUAACAGAAGCAUCCGGAAAUUCAGCCCCUGCAGUUAUGCUUUUGUGGUUGAAAAUUCCUUCAAUAUAUCGAAAAUAGACUUCCUUGGUUACCGGGAAACUGUUCCACUGCAGCUGCCUGUGGUGUUUGAAUGGGUGAUCGGAGAUCACCAGGGCUGCCAAGAUUGUUGCGGCCUUAAUACUGAAUGCUCUUACUCCGACACUGGGGGUGGAUUUCGUUGUUUGUGCAAGCCAGGGUUCACAGGAAAUCCCUACCUCCCACUUGGAUGUCAAGAGUGACAUACUUAAGGGUGGAACCCAUAAGUGUACCACGCUUGGAACCAAGUUAACUUUUCAAAUCGAAUAAAAAUAAAUAAAAUCUGUUAAU